AUGUCUGCUUUGAGGAAACUGAUCCAGUUGAUCUCUACUGCUGCAAUCAUCGUCCUCUUUUCCUCUCUGAACAAACUCAACACAGAAGUAUCUACUCUCGGCAAACACCGGGUGGGAAAGCACGAGGAAUUAUUCCUUGAUGCGUCGGCUUGGUCACUUCCUGGCCGUAAUGGAUCCAUCUCUGAAACACGAGACUCACUGGAUUCAGCUGCCACUUCACCAUCGUCCGACUUCCAUCCUGGAGUCCCUAAACCUUUAGGCUCAACAUACAGUCGUGCCAUGGUCAUCCCCCGGCUUCAGAGUGAUAACAUUUCAUGGGUCUCAGACGAGUUGCCAAAUGUUGACGCAGCAGUCUACACCGCGAACGACCCAUUGGCGGUGAUGCAUCCACCCAAAAACAAAGGACAUGAAGUUAUGAUAUACUUAUCGUACAUCAUCAACCACUACGACGCCCUACCUGACAUUCUCAUAUUCAUGCAUGCGCAUCGUUGGACGCACCACAACAAUGCCCUUUUAGCCUACGACGCAGCUGAGAUGGUCCGAAGGCUAAACAGUGAUUAUGUCACCAGGGAGGGAUAUGUGAACAUGCGAUGUCAGUGGUCGCCAGGCUGCCCGGAGUGGCUUCAUCCUGGCAACCCACGAGAAAGUCUCGAGAAGCAAGAAGAAGUUGUACUAUCAAAAAGCUGGAGUGAGCUUUUCCCUUCGGACCCUCUUCCCGCUGCCCUAGGUCAAACGUGCUGCGCGCAAUUUGCCUUAUCAAAGGAGCGUGUCCUCGCGAUACCUCUCAGCCGCUAUGUUUACUACCGGGACUGGAUCACUAGGACCCCAUUGAGUGACUAUGUAUCGGGAAGAAUCUGGGAAUACUCAUGGCAAUUCCUAUUCACAGGUCAAAGCAUCUACUGCCCCGCCGAGCAUAUCUGUUACUGUGGCGGUUUUGGCUUGUGCUUUGGCGGAGAUUCGGAAUUUGAGGAAUUCAAAGAAUUGCGAAAGAAGAAGCGAAAGUUCGAAUUGGAGACGAACGAGCUACGCGAGCGGCGAGCCUUGAAUGGGGGAACUGAUAUGGAGAUUCAAAGCAACAAUACCUCAGCGGUAAGAUACCUCUAUCUGAACAAUCAGAUUGAUAUCCUAGAGCAAGAAUUGGCUUUAAGAAAAAAGGUUGCGCUGGAGCGGGGUUUGAAUCCCACGAACAGAGCAGAAGAGUGCGGUACAAGAUAG